UUGACCCUCACUGCAUCCUGUAGUCAAUGUGCUUUUCAAUGACAUUUAGUUAAGAUUUUGCGGCUUUCGUAAGAGUACGAACGUCACCAAAAUGCUGGUGAAAUACUCUGUGAUGGGUUUAUUUAGUUCUGUCCGCAUCGUCGGAACCGAACUAAGCAAGUUAUGUACGCCGCAGCACCUGAGAUGUCUCCAUACAGGCUGUGCUAGUCUGGCCGCAGAUAAAGCUCAGCUCAUGAAGCUGAGGAAGAGCACAGGGUACACCUUCAUCAACUGCAAAGCCGCGCUGGAAAGAUUCAACAACGACAUCACACAGGCAGAGAACUGGCUGAAUGAGCAGGCCCAGAAAGAAGGCUGGAGCAAAGCCAAUAAACUGGAAGGCCGUCGGGCAAAGGAAGGACUCGUUGGCCUCCUCAUGCAGGACAGCAGUGCAGUCAUGGUGGAGGUGAAUUGUGAGACAGAUUUUGUGGCAAAAAAUGAGAAGUUUCAGCAGCUGGUGAAGGAUGUUGCUCUUGCCACCAUGGAACACCACCAUAGCAAAGCAAAAGGACAGGGAGGCUACAUGAAGAGCACGCUACAGGCAGAGGACCUGGCAAAGCUGAGUGUGUCUGGAGGGUCCUCAUUGGCUGACCAGAUGGCCUUGUACAUUGGUCGGUUGGGGGAAAACAUGUCAGUAAGGCGGGCUGUGUGCCUGAGUGUGCCUUCUGAUUGGAGGAUUGGCUCGUACGUCCACGGAGGGGCGGCGGUGGCUCUGAUGGGCGUGGCCAUGGGGAAGUACAGCGCCCUGGUGGUGUUCCAGGACGGGGCCUCCAGCGGCUCCGAGACCCUCGGCAGGAAGUUGGCACAGCACGUGGUGGGCGAGGCACCCGUGUCGCUAGGUAACAUGGACGACCUGCCCACCGGCCAAUCGGAGACCAGGCUUCUCCAGCAGGCGCUGCUGUGGGACUCGAGCCUCACUGUGGCCCAGUUUCUACGGCAACAGAACGCCAAGGUGAUGGACUUUGCGCGCUUCCAGUGUGGAGAGGGAAGCGAAUAAGAAGCCUCAGAAGGGGUUGAUGUGUCUGGCUCAUCUGUCUCUGAUGGGAGGAGGGCCUGCGCUCCUCACACGGCCAGUUGAAUAAACGCCUGAUUGAUGUCUCCCCCCUAAGAUGAGCUGACCCUGGGGCUGAUCUGGCCUGCGUUGUGUUUCCUUAACCAGCUCAGCUUUUAAAUACUAAAAGACUUCAGAGAGAGACUUCUCAUCAUCAAAUGGUUGAGAUCUUGAACAUUCGCUCUCUCAAUUGCUGUGGUCACAGCAUGUGUGUAUAAAACGCAGCUCAAACCUGUGCUAGAGUCAGUGGUCCUUAGUAUAUGGCUUUACAGAAACAAUCUGUUAACCAAGUGGAAGCCUUAUGAGUUCAAACCCAACCCUUUAUCAUCAGAGUCAAGGCCUUCUGACCGUUACUGACCACAGACUCACUUAUUUGAUGUUCGGAUAAAAUAAAUGAUUUCAGUCAGUGG